CAAUGUUUGUGCUUAAAUUCUCUGAACUUCCUUCUGUUGGAUGAAAGCUCUUCUAACAAACUGUGUGCAGAAGACCUACAGAAAAAUGGAGAUUCUAAUAGCGUCAUUAAAGAUAGGUUGUCACAAGCUGUAUGACAUAAUGCCAAGCACUUCCUUGAUCCAGUAUGGAAAUUUAACGGGGAGCCAAUACCCUUUCAACAGCCAAAGCUUUUUUCAGGAGGUGUUAUGAGGUGGUACCAAGUUGAAGGCAUGGAAUGGCUGAGGAUGCUUUGGGAAAAUGGCAUUAAUGGCAUUUUGGCUGAUGAAAUGGGACUGGGAAAGACAAUCCAAUGUAUUGCUACAAUAGCACUGAUGGUAGAAAGAGGAGUCCCUGGACCAUUCUUAGUAUGUGGUCCCUUGUCUACUCUUCCUAACUGGAUGUCCGAGUUCAAGAGAUUCACUCCAGAGAUUCCCAUAAUGCUGUACCAUGGAGCCCAGCAGGAAUGUCAUAAAUUGGUUCAAAAAAUUCACAGGCGAGAAGGUUCACUGCAAAUUCAUCCUGUGGUCAUUACUUCGUUUGAAAUAGCCAUGAGAGACAGAAAUGUCUUGCAGCAUUGCUUCUGGAAGUAUCUGAUAGUGGAUGAAGGACAUAGGAUUAAGAACAUGAACUGCCGUCUUAUCAGGGAAUUAAAAUGGUUUAAUGCUGACAAUAAACUUCUGUUAACUGGUACUCCCUUGCAAAACAACUUGGCAGAACUCUGGUCACUACUUAACUUCCUGCUGCCAGAUGUAUUUGAUGACUUAAAAAGCUUUGAGUCCUGGUUUGACAUUACAAGCAUUACAGAAAUUGCUGAAGACAUUGUUGCUAAGGAAAGGGAGCAGAACAUCUUACACAUGUUGCACCAGAUUUUGACGCCUUUCUUAUUGAGAAGACUGAAAUUUGAUGUAGCUCUGGAGGUUCUUCCUAAUCAAGAAGAUGUGGUGUAUGCACCACUGGCAAAGAAACAAGAAACCUUCUAUUCUGCUAUUGUAAAUCGGACCAUUAAAAAGCUGCUCAGAAACAAUGAGGAAGAAGCAGUCGAGUUGAGUUCUAUAGGACAACCAAAGCGUCGGAGUUGAAAAGCGGUUGUUUACUGUGAACUAGAUGGUGAUACACCUGAUGAGCUGGAAAAACUGAUCAGCAAAAUGCAAGAAGAAGUAGAAAAAGAGAGGCCAGUGAUAGAAAUGACCAUUCCUACGGAUUCAGAAAUCAACCUUAAACUGCAGAAUAUUAUGAUGUUACAGAGGAAAUGUUGUAACCAUCCAUAUCUCAUUGAAUAUCCACUGGACCCUGCCACACAGCAAUUUAAGGUACAUAUCCUGAAGCAUUCAAAGCAGUGUUUUUUCAAAAUUACUGUAGGUAAUGUAAUGCCGGUGAACAACUUUAGACUUGUAUAGUAUGUUUCUCCACAAAACCCUACCCAAUGUGAUUCAGUCUUGUUUUGAAAUUUCCUACAGCAGAUAUGAGAGAGAGUAAGUUCAGUGUCUGUUCCCAGCCAGUGGCAGGGGGCAGGCAGUGCCUGUGGGUGAGAGCUGCGCGGAGCUGCUUGCGUGCCUCCGCUUAGGAGCCAGACGUGCUGCUGGCUGCUUCCGGGGUAUAACAGAGUCAGCAGUGCCAGGACAGGCGGGAAGCCUGCCUCUGCACCCU